AUGGCAAAGAAACCGUCAAAAGUGCAGGAACUGGCCGAGCGGUACGGUCAGCCGGCAAGUCUGGAACGGCGUAUCAAGAACAUAGACGCCAGAACAAACAAGACCAUCACCGACCGCAAGUACCUUGAUAAACUGCGUGCAGACCUGGCCUUAUGGAAAGCGGCUGAGACCAAAGAGGUGCCGCAACAGCCACAACGCACAAUCAAAUUGUUUAAAAACUCGCUCUUCUACGAUGAAGAACUCAACCCAGCAGGUCGGGGCUUACCAAUCGCAGGAAAAACGCACACAGUUGGUGCCCACGGUGCUCCGCAAAUAGCUACGCUACACUCUUUGUAUAUUUCUAAUUGUUUCCAUUCAGACGCAUUAUAUACGACUGGCAUUCAUGAAUCUACUUAUUUCUCCUUGGCGAAAAGCUUCUCGACCUCGUCAACAGCCUGGGUAAGAACCUUGUCCUGGAACUUGGAGUUUUGCAGCUCGGCUUGCACCUUGGAAAUAACGGUGGAAGCCAAUUGUUCUUGCUCGUGUUGUCUAACCUGGGCCUCGUAUCUGACCCACGAGUCCAAGACAGACUUGGCCUCAGAGGCAACAGCAACCUUCUGCUUGAGCUCGAAAGCCUCGGCCUCCAAAGCAGCAGUCUCCUUGGACAUCUCGAAAAGAGCCUUGGUGGUGGAAACCACGUCCUUGAGGCUGGAAACUUGGUCAAUUCUGCUCUUGACAGCAUCAACGUGCUCGGAUCUGGCCUUGUUCAAGAUUCCAACAACACUGUCGAUCUGGUUCUUGGCCAUCUCUCCGUACAAUGGAGCAACAACCUUGGAAAUAAGUGCAACAAAUCCAAGAAAUGUCACCAACAAAAUGGACUCGUCGUUGACAACAUACAGCUCAGAGGAAAUGGCGUACACAGAAGCGGCGGCAGUGGUGGCCAGGAUUCCGGUCUUGGAAAGGAAUGAGUUACCUGGGAGCGAGUCGAUCAACGAGUUGGCCUUGGAUUUAGGGUCAACAGGCGUCGACAGACAUCUAAUGCCGACGGCUCUGUGGCCGAGGGUGGUCAUUGGUCUUGCGGAAGCUGGGCGGUUAGUCAAUGGGGCGCUUAUUUUACUUACCUCUAACUGCUAG